AUGAACGGAUGGAAACUCCACGAGAAUGCACUCAGUCUCCCUGUUGUGGACAAAUGGUUCAAGGCCUGCAAGGAACUGAUGGAGGAUGCCAAUGAGGAGAAACUUCCUCGAAUCUUCAUCGUCGCUGUUCUGGCAUUUGCCAAGGUUGCCGGAGCUUCAACUUGGACCAGAAAGCAACCCAAGGGCGAGAGUGACUCGUCUUCUGGUAAUGGCGAUGAGAAACAUGUUGCAACAGCCCGUGGACUUCUCUCUACUGCUCUUGAGUCUUGUUCCAAGAUCGCCGAUGGUGAGACUCUCAAGAAGAGAGUCCAGGAUACGAUGGAGUUGUACGAUCCCAAGUAUGAAAAGACUACGCCCGAGGAACUGGCAGCGAUUCGAUCUGCCAUGGUCAGCGGACCCCAAGGCAUGGCGACAAACUCCGGCCAUCGGUACAAUUGUGUCAACGGCCAUCCGUUUGCGGUCGGAGAUUGUGGAAUGCCCAUGGAAGAAGCGCGCUGUCCCGAGUACGGCGAACGAAUUGGUGGUUCUAGACAUCGACCAGUGGAUGGUGUUACUCGAGCUGAGGAAUUUGUUGGUGGUCGAUUGCCAGAGUUGAUUUGA